GCGACCGACCGCUGUCGCUCUCGAGUCGCAGGUGUCAACAGAGCGAGCGUCCCUGCUGCAGCUGGAAACCUAUCAGUCCCGUCGAAAUAUAUCAGUCCUAUGGAGCGGGCGGGCAGUACAGAUCGGACGGCCUGAAAAUGUUCGAAUGAGACCGUGAGCUCGUGUCUGUUGCCAGGGCACGUUUAAGCGGGGAAGAGGGCGGCUUUCCGGGCUGUAGACAGCGGGCUCGCGAAGCGUCUUCAGCGGGGAGCGCUGCGGUCCUGCCGCCGCCGCUGCUGCUACAAUGUUCGUGCAGGAGGAGAAGAUCUUUGCAGGCAAAGUCCUGAAGGUCCACGUCUGUACCGUGGAGGGUACCGAGUGGCUGGAGGAAGUCACGGAAGACACCACUAUAGAGAAACUCAAGGAGAAAUGCUUAAAGCAUUAUGUCCAUGGAAGUCUAGAGGAUCCUAAAACUCUUACACAUCACAAACUCAUUCAUGCUGCCACUGAGAGAAUUCUCACCGAAUCCAAAACAGUUGCUGAGGAAAAUCUUAAAGACAAAGACUGCUUAUUAUUGAUAAAGAAAAGACCUCCGCAGGCUCCACCAAAAAUGGCUGACAUAUCUUCUGAAGAGAAGAAGAAGCAAGAGAACAAAGCGCCAGAUAUGGACGGCAUCCUCAAAGCCACAGCAAACCUGUCCACUCGCAACACUGACCGUGCUGUAACUCAACACAAUAUCAGAGAUUUUCAAACAGAGCUGAGGAAGAUUCUGGUCUCACUUAUUGAGGUGGCUCAGAAGCUGCUGGCUCUGAAUCCAGAUGCUGUUGAGCUCUUCAAAAAGGCCAAUGCCAUGCUGGAUGAGGAUGAGGAGGAUCGUGUGGAUGAAACGGCCCUGCAGCAGCUGACUGAGAUGGGUUUCCCUGAGAGUCGUGCUGUGAAGGCUCUACGCUUAAACCAUGACACAUCUGAAGCAGUGAUUGCACUGAUGGAGAUGGGCUUCGAUGAGAAAGAGGUGAUUGAUGCCCUCCGCGUCAAUAAUAAUCAACAGGAUGCAGCUUGUGAAUGGCUGCUGGGUGACAGAAAGCCCACCCCUGAGGAUCUGGACAAGGGCAUUGAUACCAGCAGUCCCCUGUUUCAGGCUAUCCUGGAGAAUCCCGUCGUACAGCUUGGUCUCACAAACCCCAAGACUCUUCUAGCCUUUGAGGACAUGCUGGAGAACCCGCUGAACAGCACGCAGUGGAUGAAUGAUCCUGAGACAGGUCCCGUCAUGCUCCAGAUCUCCAGAAUCUUCCAGACACUCAACCGCACGUAAAGCACACCUCAUCUGUGGAGCGGCCAGAACCACAGCAUAGCAUAGGGAAAAAGGUCAAUAAUUUAAAAGAGAAGUGUGUGUGUGCGUGCGUGCGUGCGUGUAUAGUUUAUGUGUGUGCGCGUGUAUUUGGCAUAACUAUUGUUUUAAGUGGAGAAGUCACAAAAGAUGAAUGUAAAAAUACGAUGAUGACAUUUUCACAUCAUGUUAUACAGAGGAAAAUAUCUAUUUAUAACUACACAACACUUGUACAAAUACAAUGUAAGCAGUAACUUAAUGAUAAAUAGCUAACUCAAUUAUUUAGUUUUUUAUGUUUUAAUAUGAUCUGUUUUUAAUUAUAUU